UAUUCUUCUCCCUUGGAUCACCUAAAAUGGUUAAGAAUUUUCUAGUGGGAUUAAGGUUGUGAUCUCUGGGGAGGGGUGGGACAUCUGCUCUCGGUUAUUUUUGUGUUAGCUGCUUCCCCUUAAAUGUAUGUUCACAAAUGAGCCACAGCCUUAUCAGCUGGGGUUGAGGGAAGACGGGUCUAGGUGCUGCUCCUGAACUUGGUUUCUGAGCCAUGGCUUCCCAUAGACACUCAGGUCCCUCCAGCUAUAAGGUGGGCACCAUGGCGGAGAAGUUUGACUGCCACUACUGCAGGGACCCCUUGCAGGGGAAGAAGUAUGUGCAGAAGGAUGGUCACCACUGCUGCCUGAAGUGCUUUGACAAGUUCUGUGCCAACACCUGCGUGGAGUGCCGCAAGCCCAUCGGGGCGGACUCCAAGGAGGUGCACUAUAAGAACCGCUUCUGGCACGACACCUGCUUCCGCUGUGCCAAGUGCCUUCACCCCUUGGCCAAUGAGACCUUUGUGGCCAAGGACAACAAGAUCCUGUGCAACAAGUGCACCACUCGGGAGGACUCCCCCAGGUGCAAAGGGUGCUUCAAGGCCAUUGUGGCAGGAGAUCAAAACGUGGAGUACAAGGGGACCGUCUGGCACAAAGACUGCUUCACCUGCAGUAACUGCAAGCAAGUCAUCGGGACUGGAAGCUUCUUCCCUAAAGGGGAGGACUUCUACUGCGUGACUUGCCAUGAGACCAAGUUUGCCAAGCAUUGCGUGAAGUGCAACAAGGCCAUCACAUCUGGAGGAAUCACUUACCAGGAUCAGCCCUGGCAUGCCGAUUGCUUUGUGUGUGUUACCUGCUCUAAGAAGCUGGCUGGGCAGCGUUUCACCGCUGUGGAGGACCAGUAUUACUGCGUGGAUUGCUACAAGAACUUUGUGGCCAAGAAGUGUGCUGGAUGCAAGAACCCCAUCACUGGGAAAAGGACUGUGUCAAGAGUGAGCCACCCAGUCUCUAAAGCUAGGAAGCCCCCAGUGUGCCACGGGAAACGCUUGCCUCUCACCCUGUUUCCCAGCGCCAACCUCCGGGGCAGGCAUCCGGGUGGAGAGAGGACUUGUCCCUCGUGGGUGGUGGUUCUUUAUAGAAAAAAUCGAAGCUUAGCAGCUCCUCGAGGCCCGGGUUUGGUAAAGGCUCCAGUGUGGUGGCCUAUGAAGGACAAUCCUGGCACGACUACUGCUUCCACUGCAAAAAAUGCUCCGUGAAUCUGGCCAACAAGCGCUUUGUUUUCCACGAGGAGCAAGUGUAUUGUCCCGACUGUGCCAAAAAGCUGUAAAUUGACAGGGGCUCCUGUCCUGUAAAAUGGCAUUUGAAUCUUGUUCUUUGUGUCCUUACUUUCUGCCCUCUACCAUCAAUAGGGGAAGAGUGGUCUUUCCCCUCUUUAAAGUUCUCCUUCCAUCUUUUCUCCCAUUUUACAGUAUUACUCAAAUAAGGGCACACCGUGAUCAUAUUAGCAUUUAGCAAAAAGCAACCCUGCAGCAAAGUGAAUUUCUGUCCAGCUGCAAUUUAAAAAAAAAAACUUAGGUAGAUUGACUCUUCUGCAUGUUUCUCAUAGAGCAGAAAAGUGCUAAUCAUUUAGCCACUUAGUGAUGUAAGCAAGAAGCAUAGGAGAUAAAGCGCCCACUGAGCUGCCUCUCACGCCUCAGCUGGGACCCACCGUGUAGACACACAACAUGCCAGAGUCGGAGCGGCUGCUCCAACUCACUGCUCACCCUCUUCUGUGAGCAGGAAAAGAACUUACUGACAUGCAUGGUUUAACUUCCUCAUCAGAACUCUGCCCUUCCUUUUGUUAUUUUGUGCUUUCAAAUGACUAACAUGAAUUUCCAGAAAAUUAACAUUUGAACUUAGCUGUAAUUCUAAACUGACCUAUCCCCGUACUAACGUUUGGUUUCCCUGUGUGGCAUGUUUCUGAGUGUUCCUACUUUAAAGCAUGGAACAUGCAGGUGAUUUGGGAAGUGUAGGCAGACCUGAGAAAACGAGCCUGUUUCAGAGCAACAUCGUCACCACAGAUACUUCUGGAAGCUUAACAAAACUAACCCUGCUGUCCUUUUUAUUGCUUUUAAUUAAAAUUUUUUUGUUUUUAAUUGAUAGUAAAAUAGUUUAUGGGUUUGGAAACUUUGCAUGAAAAUAUUUUAGCCCCCCUCAGAUGUUCCUGCAGUGUUGAAAUUCAUCCUACAAAAGUAACCGCCAAACUCUAGAGGGGGAGUUGAGCAGGCGCCAGGGCUGUCAUCAACAUGGAUAUGACAUUUCCCAACAGUGAUGAGUUGAAUUCCUUGUAACGUAGUAGUUGUCUGCUCUGUGUCCCUGUGUUAAUGAGGACUGUAAAGUCCCUUCUCUUGUGAUUCCUAGGACUUAUCCUCAAGAGGAAAUCUGGAUUUCUAUCUACCGCUUUACCUGAAAUGCAGGAUCACCUGAUUAACUGUAUUCUACAUUAUUAUAUGACAUAGUAUAAUGAGACAGUAUCAAAAGUAAACAUGUAAUGACAAUACAUACUAACAUUCUUGUAGGAGUGGUUAGAGAAGCUGAUGCCUCAUUUCUACAUUCUGUCAUUAGCUAUUAUCAUCUAACGUUUCAGUGUAUCCUUACAGAAAUAAAGCAGCAUAUGAAUAA